CAAACAGGGUCGCCAGUCUCCACUCGUCCCCAGGCCUGCGUCCAUCUACCUGCAGAGUCGCUGUGUCCCUGGCACGAUUUCUCCUCCCCGAACUGCUGCCUGACCUUCCAGACGCCACAGGAGUUGCCAGCCCGUAGGUCUCCCCCAUGACAAUGUCUUCCAUUAAGAUUGAGUGUGUUUUGCCCGAGAACUGCCGGUGCGGUGAGUCUCCAGUAUGGGAAGAAGCAUCCAACUCUCUGCUCUUCGUAGAUAUUCCUGCGAAAAAGAUUUGCCGGUGGGAUUCACUCACCAAGCAAGUGCAGCGAGUGAUCGUGGAUGCCCCAGUCAGCUCUUUGGCCCUUCGCCAGUCAGGAGACUAUGUCGCCACCAUUGGAACAAAGUUCUGUGCUUUGAACUGGGCAGAUCAAUCAGCAGUUGUCCUGGCCACAGUGGAUAAAGAUAAGAAAAACAAUCGAUUCAAUGAUGGGAAGGUGGAUCCCGCCGGGAGAUACUUUGCUGGCACCAUGGGAGAAGAAACAGCCCCGGCAGUUAUGGAGCGGCACCAAGGGUCCCUGUACUCCCUUUUUCCUGACCACCAUGUGAAAAAGUACUUUGACCAGGUGGACAUCUCCAAUGGUUUGGAUUGGUCCCUAGACCACAAAAUUUUCUAUUACAUCGACAGUUUAUCCUACUCCGUGGAUGCCUUUGACUAUGACCUGCAGACAGGACAAAUCUCCAACCGCAGAAGUGUUUACAAGCUGGAGAAAGAAGAACAAAUCCCAGAUGGAAUGUGUAUUGACACUGAGGGGAAGCUCUGGGUGGCCUGUUACAAUGGAGGAAGGGUGAUUCGUUUAGAUCCUGAGACAGGGAAAAGACUCCAAACUGUGAAGUUGCCUGUUGAUAAAACAACUUCAUGCUGCUUCGGAGGGAAGGAUUAUUCUGAAAUGUAUGUGACCUGUGCCCGGGACGGGUUGGACCCUGAGAGUCUUUUGAGGCAACCUGAAGCUGGUGGGAUUUUCAAGAUAACUGGCCUGGGGGUCAAAGGAAUUGCCCCCUAUCCUUAUGCGGGAUGAGUGACAGGUCUUUCCUGCUAGAGGAAGCUUUGAAGACACCUAGAGAAUUCUGGUGCUGAAAUUUUAAUCUAGUUAGAAAAAUGAAGCAAUGGUAUUGUUAACAGGGUUAAAUUUUAAUUUACAAUUUUUCAAAGAUAGAGCCUUUUUAACAGGGUAGGCCUUCUGUAAAAAGUGCUAUAGAAAAGCAAAGAAUUGCUCAACUGUCAACCGGCCUCUUGAUUCUUUGCAAAAUGCUGAAUGUGGGGUGGGGGGAUAGGAGACCUUACUUGUUCUUUAUUCUGCAUUCCAUACUUAAUAUAUUUAAAGCUUAAAAAAACUAAUAAAUAGUAACCUGGGAAUGACUGAUUACAAUUACAUUCUUUUGUAUUUUCAUGAUAAUCUUAUAAAAUAUGCCAUGAUGCUAACCUACCUUGAUAUUACUUUUCCUAUAUGUUAUUUUACAAACUAAAAUACUGCUGGAAGAUGACUCAAACACUCUGGCAAAAUCCAAGGUUCCAACUGCCACCUAGUGGAUAUAAAAGUAAUAUAUCACUUUGGAAAGUAUGCUUUAAAAAAAAGCUUUAGUGAGUUUUAAUUGG